AUGAGGAUGAUGAUGGAGUUGAAAUGGUUUAUUAGGAUAGCUGUGAUGAGUGUGUUGUUGGUGUUGGAAGGUACUACUACUUAUGCUUGUUUGGAGCAUGAAAAAAUUGCUCUCCUGCAACUCAAACCUUUCUUCAAUGGUUUCGAUUAUCUGUAUAACUGGGAUGAGGUGAAGAUCCCUAAUUGCUGUCAAUGGAAAGGGAUUGACUACUACACCACCACCGGGCGACUCAUAGGACUCGACCUUAGUGACACAAUGCAUGGUAACAAGGGGUGGUAUCUGAAUGCCUCUAUGUUUCUUCCCUUUGUGGAAUUGAAGAGUCUUUAUUUACGAAGUAAUGCCAUUGCUGGUUGCAUUCAAAAUGAAGGUUUUAAAAAACUCUCAACUGCGUUGAAUAAUUUGGAGAUUCUUGACUUAAGUGGGAACCAGUUGAAUGAUAGAAUUAAGGGAUUGAAAAAGCUAAAAGUUGUUUAUCUCCAUGCUGCUUUCACCGAUGGAAGUAUUUCGCUGCUGAACUUGGCCGAGGCUUUUUCAACAGUUAAGACUUUGUCUCUACUUGGCAAUCAUCUGAACAAGGCUAUGAGUACUCAAGGAUUAAAUCCGUCGACGAACGUGGAGGAAAUACUUCUCCAUGGGUCUACUCUCAACACUAAUAUUUUACAGAGCAUUGGAGUAAUCACUUCUCUUAAAACUCUGUCUUUAUCUGGUUGUGGACUUAUUGGUUCCUUACCUAACCAAGAAUUGUUCCUCUACAUUGCUGAAAACAAUAUGGUAAUGGGACCUUCCUCCUAUACGCCCAUCCCAAAGUUCCAGCUAAGAGAGAUCAAUUUGUCAAAGUGCAUAACAUCUCAAGAACUCAGUCUUGAACUUCCCACCUUCCUUCACUACCAAUAUGACUUGAGAUUUGUGGAUCUUUCUGGAAACAAUUUCAGUGGAACAUUUCCAGUUUGGUUGUUAGAAAACAAUACGAAGUUAGGGGAGUUCAUCUUGAAUGGUAAUUCUUUUAAAGGUCAUCUCAGAUUACCAUCAGUUCCUAAUUCUAAUUUAGCUUUAUUUGACAUAUCUGAUAACAAGUUACAAGGUCAGAUUUCAUCCAACAUAUGUUCAAUUUAUCCACAUUUGGGAGACUUAUUCUUAUCUAAGAAUGCCUUUGAAGGUAACAUCCCUCCUUGUUUAAGUGGCAUGAAGGAUUUAUUUUUUUUAGAUCUGUCAGACAAUCAAUUGUCUGGAAGAGUACCGGAAGAGUUGAUCAUGAAAAGCUUGAUGGACGGCUUGAGACUAUCAAAUAACAACCUCAGCGGAAAUGUAGUUCCUGCGAUUCUCAAAGCAAAUUGGUUGUCAAAUUUAUAUUUGGAUGGAAAUAAUUUUUCUGGAGAGAUGGUCAAUGUUGAUGUCUCUACUUUUCAGUUUCUAACUUCACUGGAGGAAAUUGAUCUCAGUAAUAACAAGUUGUAUGGAAAGCUCCCAAGAUGGAUGGGGAACCUGUCAGAUUUGCGGAGAUUGGCUUUGUCUAACAACAGUUUUGAGGGUUCUAUUCAAAUAGAGUUUUGCGGAUUGAAUGAAUUGGAAUUUUUGGAUCUUUCUCGAAACAAUUUAUCUGGCUCUAUACCAUCCUGCGUCAAUCCUCAAAAUCCAAUACAACAUUAUCAAUUGAUAGAAAAUCCAACAGAGGGUGAAACGACAAUAAAUCAUGCCUUUGCCAACAGCUACAUUGAAGAACGGAUAGAUUUCAGAACAAAGAGUUGGUUCUACUCGUAUGGGGGUAACAUCGUUAAGUACAUGACCGGGAUUGAUUUAUCUUGCAACAAGUUAACUGGUCAGAUCCCACGCGAAUUAGGAAACUUGAGUGAAAUCUAUUCUUUAAACUUGUCACACAACAACUUGGUCGGAGUUAUACCCUCGUCGUUUUCAAAACUUAAGCAGAUUGAGAGUUUGGACCUUUCCUACAGCAAGUUGUGUGGUGAAAUCCCAAACCAGUUGGUAGAGUUGAACACUUUGGAGGAUUUCAGCGUGGCAUACAACAACUUGUCAGGCAGUAUUCCAGAAUCGAAAGCUCAAUUUGGUACCUUCAUUGAAAACAGUUAUGAGGGGAACCCUUUUCUCUGUGUACCUUUACUUAAUAAAAGUUGCUCGAAAGCCGAUGCACCAUCAACAGAGUCAACUCCGUCAGAUAAUGAUGAAGGAGAAGAUAAUUGGGUAGACAAGUAUGUUUUUUGUGUGAGCUUUGUGGUUUCCUAUGUAGUGAUGUUGUUGACAGUUUUUGUCGUGCUUUACAUAAAUCCACAUUGGCGAAGAACUUGGUUUUCUUUCGUUGGGAAGUGCAUCACUACCUGUCGCUAUUCAACCAUGGGAAAUUUUAUUGUGUAUCACAUCUCCAAAAUUUGUGCUUAG